UUUUUAUAAAUCCGUUUGAGACUCAUAAAAAUGUCGGCGCCAAUCCAACCUGUAACCAUAGAUUUGUGUCAGACGGAAUUACCAGCCAAGCAAACUAAAAGGGAAGGUUUUGGCGAAGGAUCGAUAGUCCGAAUUAAGCUAGAAAAUAUCUUGACCUAUGAAUCUGUUGAGUUCUAUACUUCUCCUUAUCUAAAUGUGAUCAUUGGCCCAAAUGGUACCGGAAAAUCAACUAUCAUAUGUGCUAUUUGCCUUGGCCUUGGUGGCAAAACUAGUUUGUUGGGCCGAGCUUCUCAACUUUCAGAAUAUAUACGCUAUGGAAAAUCAAAGGGGUCUAUUGAACUUGAGCUAUAUAAUCGUGAUGGGGACAACUAUAUAAUUCAACGUGAGAUCAGCAAAAACAACGUAUCAUCUUGGUUUGUAAAUGGCCGAUCAGCCAACCAUAAAGCAGUUGAAGAAAUGACACUUCGUCUUAGAAUCCAGGUGGGAAAUCUCUGCCAAUUUUUACCACAAGAAAAAGUUGCUGAUUUUUCACGAAUGUCUCAACAAGAACUUCUCGAAAACACAGAAAAAGCUGUUGGUAGUGAAGAUAUGUAUGAAACACAUAUGUUACUAAAGCAGGCUCGGACAAAGGCACGGCUUCUGAACCAAGGCUAUGACAGCCUUGUGGAGCAUAUGAACCAAGAAAAACAAAAGAACAAUCAUUUGGAACAAGAUGUUAGGAAUUUUGAAGAAGGACAGAAAUACUUGGAACAAAUUAAAAUGUUGCGAAUGAAGAGACCCUGGCUGGAGUAUGAAGAACAGCGUCGUAAAUAUACUGAUGUGAAGAAAGAGAAAGAUGAAAUGGCCAAAGUUGUGGAAGGGUUGCAGUCUGCUGCUGCUCCAAUGAAGAAAGAAUUACAAGUUGUACAGAACAGUCUAACUAAAUCCCACCAACAAUUAAAAAAUAUUAGUACCUGUAUUUCGGACACAAAUAAAACAAUUGAAAAAAUUAAGAAACAGAUUGAAUAUGAAACAGAUAAGGCUACAGAAGUUCUCGAUGAUUUAAAGUAUAAGAAACAAGAAGAAGAACAAAACAGAAAAAGUGUUCGAGAGUUAAAACGGCAAGUUGGAACCCUUGAAAAUCGCUUGGCCUCCAUACCAACUAAUGAUGACAAUCAGCCUGCUAUUGAGCAAAUAAAUGUGAAGAUCCAGCAAGUCAGUUUACAGCUUACCAAAUUUCAUUCUCACAAAUCUUCAAUUCACGAUGAAAUCAAAUCUUUGGAUAUUUCUAUGAGAGACCAUAUCCAGGCCUUAAAGCGUCUCCAUGAUAUUGCCAAUAUUCGACUACAGGCUCUUCGGGAAAAGCACAAGAAUACUUAUAUGGCUGUUCUCUGGUUACGUGAAAAUUCUAACAUUUUUCAAGGCGCUGUUCAUGAACCAAUAAUGCUCAAUAUUAACAUGAAGAAUCCAUCCGAUGCCAAAUUCAUCGAAAGUUUUGUUUCCUUUAAUGAUUUACGCUCCUUCGUCUGUGAAAAUGCUGAUGAUAUGGAUCUGCUGCUUUCCAAAAUUAGAGACGAGCAAAAACUGAAGAUAAAUUGUGUGAAAUGCCCACCACAAGAUAUCACGUACUUCAGACCAAGAAUUCCAAUUCAGAAUCUCAAGAAAUAUGGCUUCCGGUGUUUUUUGAAAGACUUAUUCGAUUGUCCUGAAGCUGUGAUGAAAUUUCUCUGCAUGCAGUAUAAAGUUCAUAUGAUUCCUGUUGGAAAUGAAGAUAGCAAAUCAAAAGUCGACCAAAUUAUAAAAGAAAAUCCAACCUUAAAUGUCUUUUUCACUGCCAAUAAUCAGUAUUCCAUUAAAACUUCGACAUAUUCUGGCCAAAAAAGUACACGGAAUUAUACACUACGAGAUGCAUAUUUAUUGAAAAAUUCCUCUGAUACCAUCAAAGAGAAAAAGCUCCAGGAAGAAAUCCAGAAAACACAACAUCUAAAAAGUGUAAAAGAAGAAGAAACUCGACGAUUACAACAAGAAUGUGAUCAACAAGAAAAUACCAUAAAUGAACUGAGAAAACAAAAAAAAUUACUCAUGCAGCAGAAAGAUAUUAAAAGACAACUAAUAUCAGAAAUAAGUUCUAAAAAAAACAAAAUCAAGUCGUAUGAGAUGGAAGCCAUCGACCUCGUUGAAGAGGAAAAUAAAACCCAAGUAAUAGUGCGUGAAAUCUGUUGGAAAAAAAUCAAACUGCUGCAAGACUUAUUACUGAAUUUCGAAAAAUGUUUUGAUAUGAGUAAAAACAAAGUUCAUUUAAGCCUUGAGUAUUGCAAUAUUACACAGAAAAAAAUUUCCAUAGAAGAGUCUGUUCGUGAAACAACACAUAAUCUUCAAAAGAUGGAGCGAAAACUGGAAGAGUGUAAAGAAAAUAUAAAAUCUGCAAAAGAUCUCGCCAAACAGCGUUUAGAAAUUGCCCAGAAAGCCACCAACACACCUCCAAAGGGAGACUUGUCUGAGUAUUAUCAAAAGGAAUUUGAAAAAUAUCCAUCUUCUAUUCAAGAAAUUGACAUAGCCAUCCAUGCCCUUCAAGCUCGAGCUGAUUGUCGUUUUCAGACAGAAGAAAAGGUAGUACAAGAAUAUUAUGAAAGAAAAAAAAAUAUUGAGGUCUUGGAGCAAAAAAUUCUGUUGAAAAAGGUUGAAGUGGAAACUCAUCAAGAUCGAAUUAAUAUGGCCAAGAAACAGUGGCUUGAACCAUUGACGAGGCUGAUUGGUCACAUUAAUGAAAACUUUAGUGAAUACUUUAGCAGCAUGGAUUGUGCUGGAGAGGUGGAUUUGUUAGUACCAGAUAACAAAGAAGAUUUUGAGAAAUAUGGCAUCAGAAUCAAAGUAAAAUUUCGCGAUGGUGAACAAAUGUUAGAGCUGUCUCAGAACAUACAAAGUGGAGGGGAGCGGAGUAUUUCAACUGUUUUAUAUUUGAUGGCAUUACAGGACUUAGCUGUAGUACCCUUUCGUUGUGUUGAUGAGAUCAAUCAGGGAAUGGACCCUAUAAAUGAAAGACGGGUCUUUAAAAUAGUUGUAGAUGCUGUUUGUAAAAAAAGGACUUCACAGUAUUUUCUGUUGACACCUAAACUCCUACCAGACUUGAACUAUCAUGAUGACAUGUCAGUGUUAUGCGUAUACAACGGUCCCGCUAUGUUACAUCAUAAUGAAUGGUAUCUUCAUCGAUUUCUGCGUCGCCGAAAACGUUUACUUGAUGAAAGUUAAAUAAUUUUAAAUAAUAUUUUCACAGUUAUAAUAAAUUUUUUAAUUUUUAUAUUUU